AACGGGGGAGGGUUUAGGGCGAAACGCAGCGAGAAUGGGAGCGAGGACCAGACAGAAUUCAUGUCACCACGCAGAGAUCUCAAAUCUCUGCCUUGACUCACGCUUGCCGGUUCGCUCGGAUUUCGUGUCGGGUUGCUGAAGGGGAGGACGAGGGGGGUAGAGGUGUUGCAUAACGAGGGAGGGUGAGGGAGGUUGGGCAGUGAUAGAUCGUCUUCCAUCGUCGCAGUGCAGCCUGCACAUCGGAGGAGGAAGGAAUCGUUCAUCGUCGUUCGACAGGAAGACCUGCAUCGUGUCGUUGCUUUGCGAGCGAGUGAGCUUGCACCAUGCAGCACGACGAGAUUAUUUGGCAGGUCAUAGGUCACCAGCAUUGCAGCUUUAGAGCAAAGACUGUGACACAGAAUUUUUGCAGGAAUGAGUACAAUGUUACUGGACUUUGUAACCGUAGUUCCUGCCCUUUAGCUAACAGUCGUUAUGCGACAAUUAAGGAGAUCGAUGGUUUACUUUAUCUCUAUAUGAAAAGUAUUGAAAGAGCCCAUUCACCAAAAGAUUUAUGGGAGAGGGUGAAGUUACCAAGAAACUACGCCAAAGCUCUCGAAAUUGUGGACAAGCAUCUUGAAUUUUGGCCUAAGUUUCUUGUCCACAAGAACAAGCAGCGGUUGACGAAAAUGACUCAGUACCUAAUUCGAAUGCGGAAGCUCGCGCUUAAAGUCAAGCCCAAAAUUAUGACCAUGCCGGCCAAGCAGGUGCAAAGAGAAGCUCGGAGGGAAGCAAAAGCUGAAGUUGCCGCUGUUCUUGAUCGGUCUAUAGAGAAGGAAUUGCUCCAGCGUUUACAGAGCGGUACAUAUGGGGAUAUUUACAACUUUCCAAUGAAAGAGUACGAAAAGGUCCUGGAUAUGGAGUCGAUGACGGCUGACGAUGAAGAGGAGGAGGAAGAAGAGGAAGAGGAAGAGGAGGAAGAGCCCGAGGUAGAGUACGUAGAGGGCUACGAAAUGGAGGACGAAGAGGAUGAAAUGGAAGAGUUUGCCAAUGGCAUGAAAGACCGCCUUACAGAAAGUAGUGAAUCAGAUUCAGAAGAUGAAGAAAUUCCAACCAGGAGAGUUCAGGCAAGAAAAGCUGGCUUGCCUACGAAAAGAGACGCUGAUGCCGCAGGUGUGAAAUCAGAUGUCGCGAGUAGAAGGAAAAGACGUGGUCAUGUGGAGAUCGAAUACGAAGAGGAGCAGGAGAAGGAGUCUUCACGAGCAUAGUAUGAUGUUUUUGCUACUCAUGCAGAACGGUGUGUUUAAGAGAGUGGAGAAACAAGGGGUUCUUGAAAUAGAAAGCUGUCGAGCUCACUCGAGUGAGAGUUACUUACAGGGUAUGUUACAGCUCCCUCAUGAGUCGCGGCGUGUAAUUACCGUAACAAUUUUGUAGACUUUAGAACCAAGAGAUUGUAAUAUCAGGGAAGUUAUGAAUCACAGAGAGAACGCCCGCAUUGGGUGCAUCCGCGAUUACUUUGUAAUUUAGAGCCAUCUUCUUCCUCUAGGAAAGUUGAGUUUUGUCUGACAGAGCAGCAAAGAGAACUACUCUAAAUUAUCGCCGUCAUAUUGUUGCGUUGACAUUGUUGGGAGAUAAGCCGAGUGUGAGAAGAACGCUUCGGUCGAUGUCGCGGCACUAUCGUGCAUAGAAUGUUUGCAGUUGGAAAUGACUUCGUCGUAUAGGCUUCUAUUUGGACCACAGCUGUGGAGUGGUGUCGUAUCAUCGCUGUGUGAACUUUCAUGAUGAGGCUAUUACGUUCCUGAUUAAAUCUGUGGUCUUA